AUGGAGAUCAUCAUCUGGGCCAUUGCCACUGUCAUCCGAUGGGUGCGCCUCAAGAUCUACCAGUAUGAGGUGACCUUUGCGAUCUACAUGCUGACGCCAAUCGAGAAACUCAUCUUCAACACACUACUCCUCACGCUCAUCACCAUGAUCACCGCCGGAAUCUACAUCUACCUCCCCGACCACCUCCGCGCCAUCUACGGCCGCCUCUACUACUACUGGGCCGGCGAGCGCCUGUUCAGCUCCAGCCGGCUGUCAGUCAGUUCCAUCUUCGGAGAGACUGCCACACAAAUGGGAGAGAUGGUGUACGAAACCGCAAAGAAUGCGGCCGCAGCCACGACUGCCCGCAUGGCUGAAUUGUGA